ACGGGAGAUGAUAAAUUUUUGGAAUAGUACUAGUAAUAGCGCUAGAGAGUGUUAUUUUUUGUUUUUUAAUAUACUCGCUAAUUGGUUUCCAUUCGAUCAUCUGAAUCGAUCCAGUAGUUCAAAUGUUAUGAACUUAAUUUUUUUUUUAAAUAGGGAACAGCAUUUUUAGAGCCAGAUAAUGACGGGUGGGUAAUGUGGAGGACAUAGCCGGAGAGAUGGUUAUACCACUUACACCAAGGGCUUAAAAUUAAUAUAGGGUUGGGGAAAAAGAAAUGUCGUAUUUCUGAUCGAAAUCGGACGCUUUAUUUAACAGUAUGUUUAAUAAAAAUUAUUCUUAAAUUAUUCAAUUUAAGUCAAAUUCGCAAACUUGUUGCCAUUUAGAAGGCAACUUUAUUAUCCCCUCCUUAUUUGCAAAAAAAACUCAGACAGCCAGUUUUCGCAAGCCUCGUUUGAGGCCAACUUAGUAUCACCAAGAGCGUUUUGCAUGGACCGGAAGAGAUGAUAAUCAUUUGGAGCCUGGUCCGGACUAUACGGUGGGUGCAAUAGGACAUCCCAUCCGAGCUCCCGUACCUUCUGGCAAGUCAUCGAAGAUGUGUGAGGCCGAGCGUUGUCCUGGUGGAAAACAACACCAUUCCUAUUGAUCAUUUCUGGCCGCUUCUGGUCAAUCGCCUGCUUCAAAUGGUCAAGCUCACAUUAGAGAACCGAGUUGAGGGUCUGGCCAUAGUUGAGCAGCUCAUAGUGGAUGAUUCCCUUCCAAUCCCACCAAAAACACAGCAAAGCCUUCCUGGCCGUCAAUCCGGGCUUAGCGAUGGUUUGGGCCGGCACACCGCGCUUCGACCACGACUUUUUUUACUUUAGUUGUCGUAUGUAAUCCACUUUUCAUCACCAGUCACCAUCUUCUUCAAAAAUGGGUCGAGUUCGUUCCGUUUCAGCAGUGCAUCGCAGGCGUUGAUUCGGUCGAAAAGAUUUUUUUGCGUCAACUCGUGUGGAACCCAUACAUCCAGCUUUUUUUGGAAUCCAAUCUUCUGCAAAUGGUUCCAAACGGUUUUAUGGUCUAUACCCAGAUCCUGGCCAAUCGAGCGAGUGCUCACAUAGCGGUCUACUUGGAUGAUUUCAACGAUUUUAUCGGUUUCCACGACGAUUGACCUACCAGUACGGGGUGUAUUUAUCUUCGACAGCCACUACACCAGAACGAAAUCGAUCAAACCAACGCUUUGCUGUGCGUAUCGAUACAGUAUCGGGUCCAUAAACUACACGAUUUUUUUCGGCCAACUUCGUUGCAUUUUCAACUCGCAGGUAGUAAACACGUUAAAUAUGGCGAAUUUCUUGCUUGGUGGACUCCAUCUUUGACACGCUAUAACUUGAUACUGAAAUGGACAAUCACAACACUGUCAAAACGACACUUGUAGCAAAGAGUGUCGUCUUUAAAUAGCCGUAUAGUAUGACCCGAUGCGAUAAGUACAACACAAGAUAUGUUUAAGUGUUGCCAUAUAUUGACAAUAUACGAUUUUUUUCCCCAACCCAAUAUAACAAGUAACAUAAUCUCGACCCGUGAUUACAUCAUGAUGAUGUCGUUCGUAUCUCGAAUCUCAUCUUGUUCGAAGAUAUUUAAAAUCAACAUACAACAAAUAUCGUAACGUAUUCCUACGUCAACCAUGUGGUCCUGAUUCGGAUACAACCCUACAACUUUCUUGGUUUUCAAAAAAGAAACAUAAAACAGAAAAUAAAAACAAACUUCGAUUUUUUCUCCACAAAAGUAAGGAAUGUCCACGUGGACAAAGAAGGGAGGGGUAUAAGGAAUGUCCACGUUUGUUCAUGGAAGGGGAGGGGGGUGUUUGGAAUCGUGCUUUUUCUGUCCACGUGGUAUGUGGACAGUCCGAAAUGUUACGAUUCAUAAAAACAGAAAUUAAAAAAUCCGAAAUUUUAUAAUUUUUGGCAACUCUGGCAUCUUCAUGUCAUGGCUUCGUUUUUGGACGACGAAGAAGAGUAAGUAGCCAGUUAUCUUAGAUCAAAACAAUUCGCCAGACUUCGAACAAAACACUACUGAACUUUAGAGAUGUGCAUUUUUUGCGAAGCAAAAUAUAUUUUUUUGAGUUGAGACGGAGAAGAUAGCAGGGUGAAAGCAGAGUGAAAGAUUGAACCUAAAGGUAACGAGUUCAAUUCUCGCUCGCGACAUUUUACCGAAAUGGAAGUAAAAGUAACAAUCAUACUCAUCGCCCCUCUGGAGCGCUUAUUCAAUAAUCGUUGGUGCGCUCUAAAUAAACUUUUUUUAGUUUCAAUGCAAAAUAAUAAAUCGAUGCUCGUCGCCAUCUAAAAAGUUUGUUCUGAUUGUUUAUCAUGACGUUUCACCUAUACACAUGCUAAAAUGAGUAAGGGAAGGUGGCCCUGAUCCGACCCCCUUUUUUGCAACGGCAUUUGAUCACAUGAAGUUUUAAUUUUUUGGCGACUUCGGCAUUGAAAUGAGUACUAUAACUAUAACUAAAACAUACGAGGUAUGGAUAUUAAAUAACGAGACUGUGCGCCUGGUGGGCGCCCUAGAGUGGUGGGGGGAAAAACGAAUAGUGCGUUCGGUAGCUUGGAGUGUCUGCUAUAAACGUACGAAAACACGUUUUUGCCACUAUAGUAGUUUGCGAGCAGCAGUGGUUUGAAUGGAACGUGGUUUGUAGUGCGCGUCGGAAAUCAUGUGUGACGAAAAACACGAACAACAACGCACCUGCCCAUAACGCGAUGUCGGUGAAGCAAUUUUUAGCCGAUAAGGGCAUUCCAGUGCUCGAACAUGCCCCGUACUCGCCAGAUCUAGCCCCACAAAAGCAGAGUUUCAGCACUGCUUCGAACAAUGGAAAAAACGUAUGAAAAGGUUUGUGAGGAGCCAAGGGGAGUAUAUUGAAGGGGAGCAUAUCGUUGUAACGUAAUCUGUAUAUAUAAAAAUGGAGUGAUGUCUGUCUGUCUGUCUGAUUCUUAUAGACUCGGAAACUACUGAACCGAUCGACAUGAAAAUUAGUAUGUAGGGGUUUUUGGGGCCGGGGAAGGUUUUCGUGAUAUUUUGAGACCCCUCCCCCCUCUCUAAGGGGGGGCUGCCAUACAAAUGAAACACAAAUUUCUGCAUUACUCGGAAAUUAACCAAGCAAACGAAACCAAAGUUGGCAUGUGAAAGUUUUAGGGUGCAAUAAAUGUUUCUAUGAUGGUUAGACAGUCCUUCCCCCACUCAAGGGGGGGGGGCUGCCAUACAAAUGAAACACAAAUUUCUGCAUUACUCGAGAAUUAAUCAAGCAAAUGAAACCAAAUUUGGCAUGUGGAGGUUUUAGGAUGCAAUAAAUGUUUCUAUGGUGAUAAGAUACUCCUUCCCCCUCUCUUAGAGGGGGCUGCCAUACAAAUGAAACACAAUUUUUUGCAUUACUCGGAAAUUAAUCAAUCAAACGAAACCAAAGUUGGCAUGUGAAAGUUUUAGGGUGCAAUAAAUGUUUCUAUGAUGGUUAGACAGUCCUUCCCCCACUCAAAGGGGGGUCUGCCAUACAAAUGAAACACAAAUUUCUGCAUUACUCGAGAAUUAAUCAAGCAAAUGAAACCAAAUUUGGCAUGUGGAGGUUUUAGGAUGCAAUAAAUGUUUCUAUGGUGUUAAGAUACUCCUUCCCCCUCUCUUAGAGGGGGCUGCCGUACAAAUGAAACACAAAUUUUUGAAUUACCCGAGAAUUAAUCAAGCAAAUUAAACCAAAUUAGGCAUAUGGAAACUUUAGGAUGCAAUGAAUGUUUCUAUGGUGGUUAGAUACCCCUCCCCCCUCUCUUAGGGGUGGCUGCCAUACAAAUAAAACACAAAUUUCUGCAUUACUCGAGAAUUAAUCAAGUAAAUGGGCGGGACGAAGUUUGCCGGGUUAGCUAGUUUUAAAAUAUAACCCUUUUUCCUAGCCAGUCUCGUUAUUAGCCAUACCUCGUAGUUUAGUUUUAUGCUGAUCAGUGUGGUUCAUUAAUGAUUAGAAGAGGGAAAACAGAGGCCAAAUCGGAAGUCCUUUUUUCGACACCUUCAAAAAUGAUAGUCCUAAGCCGAAUGGAAACAAGAACAGAAACAAACGGUCAACACGCGAACACAAACGCCCACACAUAGAACAAAAUCAACUGGUCAGAUUAGGACCAGUCUGACUCUUUUCAAUUAACGGCAUGCCGUGUACUACAGGUGACAGUUCUGCUCGAAUGAAAUAAAAACAACAGCCACCAACAACGGGGGUCACACUCUCCAUUCCAGCAGUAGCAGUUAGCAUAAUAAGCAAAGUAAUCACAUAAAAAACGAUAGCUUAUUAUGAAGCAGUAAAGCAAUAAGUGCGCAAAUGUGAGAAAAAUUACACUUCAUAAAGUCGAUAAAAAAACAGUCUGAAAGUUCAGCACGAGCGGCACGCGGCAGCUGCAGGAGAAAAAAAAGCUGCCCAAAUGUUUCUCCGGACAAGUGGAGGCAGUGGCAUCUAGCCAUCAUCCCACGUUCGCACCCCGCCGACAGAGGGAGCGAGGGCGCUCCCGUAGGCAAGCAAGCAAGCACCCGUGCACCUAGAAAAUGACUAAUUUAAACAAGCUCAAGGUGGUCGUCAUUGGCAGCUCCAAAGUGGGGAAAUCAGCCGUCACCGUGCGGUACCUUACCAAGCGCUACAUCGGCGAGUACAGCUCUUCGAGGGAUUUCCUCUACCGACAUAGCAUAAUCUACGACAAUGUCACUACGGAAGUAGAGAUCCUGGACACGUCUAAAUGUGAUAAACGAGGUUGUCUGUACGAGCAUCUCCGCUGGGGCGACGCAUUCGUCGUGGUGUACUCAAUCUGUGAUAAGGCUAGCUUCGAAGAGGCUGCCGACUACCUGCAACAGUUGACAAAACUCAAACUACCGUCGUACUACACCAUACUUCUGCUGGGCAACAAAAGCGAUCUUGACCAUGCGAGAGAGAUAUCUGUCAACGACGGUCAGGAGCUCUCCUUCCGGUACUCGUGCCAAUUCUACGAGGUCUCGGCCGCGGAGAACUUCGCCGGCGUUUCGCUAGCAUUCCAAUCACUGAUCCGGGAGGCCCGCUCGACGCAACUCUUUCGGGCGCUUCCGCUCCGGCGAAAACUGGGCGUCAACAGCGUGUCCAAAGCGUUGGGCAACAUUUUCGGCAAGAACAGUAAGGGCGAGCGCAAGAAGCGACCCUCGCUCAGUAUAUGACGUCCGUCCGAUCGAGUGACAUGAGCACACUUCAUAUUUUGCUAGACCAGAAGUGUCGUGGUGUAAAUAGUUAUGUACAACAAUAAGUUUGCAUAGGCAUAUCGUGUAUAAGGUGACGACCAUUACUGAGAUUCAGCUGUGGCAAUCAACGAUAAUGGUCGAUAGGUAGUAUUUGUAUAUAUCGAGUAAGCCUCGUCGGAUUAGGAUAUUUUAUAGCAGUAAUUUCCUACACCUUAAUAGGACACAGGUCGUUCCUACUUAACAGUUUAAGUGCGCGCACGAUUCCGAAUUGUUAUCCUGGAAGUACACAUCGUUCAGACAUAUGAAGUAAACGAAAUUCUAAAAAAUUU